CGCGCCAGUACACAGAAAAACAAAAAAAAAAAGCCCAUAGAGUCUCAGCAAAUAAUUUCGGCAACGCGCAACGGUCAAACGGCCACUCAAAGCUGCCGUCGGUGCCUAACACUGUUGUUGUUGUUAUUGCUGCUGCUGCGCUGCUGCUGCUGUACGUAUUAAUUUAAUUGCAAAGCGGCAGAGGGGCUGGCUGGCUGGUGUUUCAUUUCAAACGUUUGCCCAGCGUUUCGGUUUAUGAAUUUGUGGCCCGCUCCGCAGCAUUCACUCGUUCCUGCCGCUUGCGUGCAGUCGCUGAUUCCUAACGGUCGUCCGCCCUAACGCCAACGCCAACGUCUGGCGCCUACGUCUGGGCGCGCUCGCAGUUAAAAGUGCCGCAAGUGCUUAAAAGUUACUUAUGCAUCGCUUAAUGUAUCGACAGUGCAAUAAAUAAACAAAAAUAUUAAUCAAAAGCACAAAGCAGCGGCAAACAAAAUGUAAGUCGUGAUGUUAACUUGUGGCAUUUACGAACUACGCAAGCUCAAGACGCAGCUGGAGUGUCUGUGCAACAUUCACAAUAACAAUAACAAUAACAAUAAAUAAAAAGCAAUUACAAAUCAAAGCAAAAUCAAGAACUUGCAACAACAAGAGGCGCCACAACUGUAGAACGCCUUCAAAAUCGCAGCAAAAGAACAGCAAAAAAAUAAAAAUAUAUAUAAAUAAAAAAAAAAAUAAAACGACGACGGAGCAAAAUCAUUCACAACGGCGACCAUAACGAACUCCGCCCUUGCAAUGAGCCAACUGGGCACCGUCUACGCCACCAAGCGCAGGCGACGCAAUGGCAAAAGCUUGAAGCCGCCGCCCAAGGAUGGCGUCACUAAGAGCAAUCCAUCAAAACGGCAUCGGGAGCGGCUCAAUGCCGAACUGGAUCUGCUUGCCUCGCUGCUGCCCUUUGAGCAGAACAUUCUAAGCAAACUGGAUCGACUGAGCAUACUAAGGCUGUCCGUUAGUUAUUUAAGAACCAAAAGUUAUUUUCAAGUUGUUAUGCAUAAGGAUAAGGAGGAGAAUGGCGUCCUGCCGCACAUACACGCACACGAUGGCUACAGGACGCGUGAGCUGGGCGCCUUUGAGCAUGGCCUGCUGGACGGUGAUAUGUUUCUGCAGGCUCUAAAUGGAUUUCUAAUGAUACUAACAUGCGAAGGCGAAGUCUUCUUUGCCACGCACAGCAUCGAGAGCUACUUGGGAUUUCAUCAGUCGGACAUUGUGCAUCAGAGCGUGUACGAGCUGGUGCACUCCGAGGAUCGCGAGGAGCUGCAGCGUCAGCUGCUCUGGAACAGCUUUCUGCCCGCGGACAUGUCCAGCAUGCAGCUGGCCGAGACGCUGGCGCCGGACAAGGCGCUGUAUCUGGAGCGCAGCUUCACUGUGCGCUUUCGCUGCCUGCUGGACAACACGUCGGGCUUUCUGCGCCUGGACAUACGCGGACGCAUUAAGAUCUUGCACGGGCAGAAUCGCAAGACGGAGGAGCCGCCACUGGCGCUGUUUGCCUACUGCACGCCCUUUGGUCCGCCUAGUCUGCUGGAAAUUCCGCACAAGGAGAACAUGUUCAAGUCCAAGCAUAAGCUGGACUUUUCGCUGGUGUCCAUGGAUCAGCGUGGCAAGCAUAUUCUGGGCUAUGCCGAUGCCGAGCUGGUCAACAUGGGCGGCUACGAUCUGGUGCACUAUGAUGAUCUCGCUUAUGUUGCCAGCGCGCAUCAGGAGCUGCUGAAGACUGGCGCCUCGGGCAUGAUUGCCUAUCGCUAUCAGAAGAAGGACGGCACUUGGCAGUGGCUGCAGACGAGCUCGCGUCUCGUUUAUAAGAACUCCAAGCCGGACUUUGUCAUCUGCACGCAUCGCCAGCUGAUGGAUGAGGAGGGACACGAUUUGCUGGGCAAGCGCACCAUGGACUUUAAGGUGAGCUAUCUGGACACCGGGCUGGCUUCGACUUACUUCAGCGAAGCGGAUCAGCUGGUGGUGCCGCCCACUAGCGCCAGCGUUUCACCCACGGCGCAUGCGCUGCCGCCGCCUGUGACGCCCACGCGUCCCAAUCGUCGCUAUAAGACGCAGCUGCGCGACUUUUUGUCCACUUGCCGCAGCAAGCGCAAGCUGCAGCAGCAGCAGCAGCAGCAACAACAGCAGCAGCUGCAGGCACAGCAAUCCUCACCGCUUGGCGGUGCAGUGGGUUCGCCCUCAGCGCCAGCUGUUGUCGAGUACUUGCCAGAUCCGGCGGCUGCUGUGGCAGCAGCUUACUCCAAUUUGAAUCCCAUGUACACUACAUCGCCGUAUGCCACCGCAGCGGAUAAUCUGUAUAUGGGCAGCUCCAUGCCGGCCAAUGCCUUCUAUCCCGUUAGCGAGAAUCUCUUCCAUCAGUAUCGCUUGCAAGGCGUUGGCGGCUACUACACGGACUAUCCGCAUACGGGCGCGCCUGGCUCGGCAUAUGUGGCCAAUGGAUUUCUAUCCUACGAUGGCUAUGCCAUUGCCUCCAAGGCAGACGACAAAUGGCAGGAGACGGGCAAGUACUACAGCGGCUACAGCAGCGGCUAUGGCAGUCCCACGUCCACGCCACAGCAAUUGCCGUUGAAGACGCCCAAAUCAUCGCCACAGGUUAUGGAGGUCAUUAGUUGUUCCUCGGAUGGACCAUCGCCUGUGGCUGGCGCUGGCGCUACGCCCAAUGGGGUAACACCCAAAGUGGAGCUGGCUGCAGCUGCAGCUGCCAAUGCGCAAGAUCCCUACGAGCGUCAAACUGUGCUCAUGUGGGGCACUACACAGUCGUCCAGCGGUGUGCCGCUAAACAGUCGCUCAGCCGGCUCGCCACAGCGCAGCACGCCGCUCAGCAAUGGCCUGAGCUAUGCCCACAACAACAACAACAAUGAGCAUGAGACAGCAACAGCAGCCAAGUGGAAUGGCAACAAGGAGCUGCCAGGCAAAUCAGCAAGCGCCAGCACGCCAGAGAGCUAUCAGCUGCAGCAUGAUGACUCCGGGCUGUACUCCGCUUCAUCGCAUACAACUUCGCCACAGCAGCAGCAGCAGCAACAGCAACAGCAGCAGCAACAGCCACGCGGCAUUGGCGGCAAUGUGAGCAGCUCUGGCAAUAAUGUAACGCACUCUGGCACUGAGCACACCACGUUGCAGUCCAACCAUGUUCAUAAUACACAACCGCCCAGCUGUGCCGCCAAUCUACAGCAGCAGCAACAGCAGCAGCAGCAGCAACAGCAGCAACAUCAGCAGCAGCAGCAGCAGCAACAACAAACGCACAGCCAACACACACAUCCUCAUACGCAUCCACAUACGCAUGCGCAGCACCAUAACGCCCACGCCCACGCCCAUGCGCAUGCGCACGCCCAUCAUUUGCAUCAGCAGCAGCAGCAGCAGCAGCAACAGGCGCAGCUCGCUGGCUAUGCGCUGCACUCGCAUCACGCUCAGCAUCAGUUGGGCUCGCCGCCAGCGCCAGCAGCGCAAUGCCGCACACCGCCCACUACGCUGCCGGCUGUCAGCAGCCUGCUCAGCGGUGCGGCUGGUGUUGAAGCUGUGUCGCCCUAUCAGCAACUUGCCAUUGUCUCUGCAGCCGGCACAGCGCCAUUGAUCAUUUGCGCAGACGAAACGCUGCCAUUGGAAGCAACAACACGUGGCGCACGCAAAGCAGCAAAGCUGCAAUUGCAACAGCAGCAGCAGCAGCAACAUCAGCAGCAACAUCAACAGCAGCAACUGCAGCCAAAUUAUCAGCAACAGCAUUUGCUAUAUCCGGCCAACAUUACAGCGCAUACGGCGUUGGCCUAUGCACCGCCUACAGCAGCCGCUGCUGGCGCCUACGUUGAUGCCAGUCCGCUGCUCUCCUUCUCGGAGGUGACCAACACGCUGUUGAAUCAGUAAACAUUUAACACACACACACAUACACAGCAACCAAGUUCAACAGUUUUGCCAAAAUGUGGACUAUGACUAUCGUAUCUUCCAUACCACACACACACACACACACAUAAACACACACACACACUUGCAUAGGGUGCAGGCAUUGCAAAUAUAUUGAAAA